AUGCCUCAAAAGGCGGUUCUCAGUACCGUACAAGAACCACUACCGGCACAGCGUGUUCGUGUUCGUGUUCACCGGUAUAACCCAUUUCGUGCUUGUGAAAUUCAGCCCCGAGAGCGGUUUGUCAAUGUCAAUAGCUUCGCGGGUCCGCCGCUUCCUGCUCUUGAUCCCCUACUCCGCCGAAUAAGCAUCGACCAUCACCCGACUCCGCACAACCGCGCCCGCUGCGUACCGAUCGACGCUCAUCUUCCAAGGACAUCGUCCCCUUCAGCUCUCGCCUCCCAAAGCCUAUACCUGGCAUCUCAACCAUGCCACCCGGCCACUCACCCGCCCCACCACCCCACAGCACCACCCCACACCACCGCAGACAAGCCACCUAUCGAUGUCAAUUAA